AUGGCAGGACGACUUGUCCUUCUGAGUGUCUUGAUGCUGUGCUUGGUGGCAGCACAUGCAGGAGGUUACGGCGCAGCAUAUGGAGUAUCCACCGAACACGGACCACGACCUAAUGGAUUCAGGCCUCAGAACGGUGGUGGUGUGGGGUCCCUGCUGAUGCCAUCAAAAGGUGUUGGUCGGACAAUGGGACAGCAGCAAGGAUAUGCUGGGUAUCCUACCAAAGGAGUAGGUUAUGGAGCAGCUGCUGGAAUGAGAAAGGGAUUAGGACUAAAAGGACAUGGAUUUAUUGCCGGCCCAACAAAUGGCCGACAGCUAAAUGGUCAUGGUGCUCAUGCUGGAGGAUACGGUGGAUUAAGAACCAAAGGAAAUGGAAAUAACGCUGCUGCUGCUGCACAAUAUGGACUUGGAACAAAAGGCACCGGACGAACUCCAGCAGUUUUUCCCAACAGAAAUGGAGCCAGAUUCAACGGAUAUGGAGCUUUAGCUGGCCAAACCAACGAACAAAUGAAAGGUUACGGAGCUCAAGCUGGUGGAUAUGGUGGAGUAAAUAAAGGUUACGGUGCUCAUGCUGGAGGUUACGGUUACGGUGCUCAGGCUGGUGGAUAUGGUGAGCAGAGAACUAAAGGCAACAGUCAUGGAGUUCUAGCCGGCCCAACAAAUGGACAACAAAUGAAAGGUUACGGUGCUCAGGCUGCUGGAAAUGGUGGACAACACACCAGAGACAACGCUGCACAAAAUGCAUACGCAACCAAAGGAGUGGUAGCUGGCCCGUCCAGUGGCAACGGAGCACGAGCAAACGGUCAGGGAGGAGAUGGGAGGAAACCCAUGAAGGGAUAUAAUCGACCACUUUCUGGGACAGGGCAGGUGAUGGGACCCUUCAGAGGUGUAGGAGUACCUCCGUCCACCAGGAAUCAAGAGAAAGACUACAGAGGAGCUUAUGGUGCUGCUGGUUUGGGUCUGGGUCCUCGUUAUGGACAUGGAAGAAUGAAGGGUCCAGUUCCAGGUUAUGGGGCUGCAGCUGGUGCAUCCGAUGGACAAGGUGUGAAAUCUAAAUCCUAACAUCAUUGUCCUGUAACAGGGUAUGCUGGAGUACAAAGACUGAAUGGAAAUGGAGCCUUGCAAAGUGGUUAUGGAAAUCCAAGUGUUGGAGCUGCCAAACCGGAUAAACCAGGAUUUACUAAUCUUCCGAAUGGUUAUGGAGCCAAACCUAAUGGAUACAGAGCUUCCAAAGGCGGUGCUGUGAGAUCCCAGUCAGGUUAUCUGAAUGGAGCUGCUUCUAAUGGAUAUGGAUAUAAACCCAAAGAUUAUGGAGCUGCUGGUGCUGGAGCUCAUAAAGGAUACAGCCCCCAAACUAACGGCCACAUAAAUGGUAACAGCGCUGCCCUGGGAGGAUAUGGAGGUACAGUUAAUGGGUAUGGACAGAGCAGAGGCCCAAAACCUCACAUAACAAAGGGAGCUGGAGUUUUGUCCUCGAGCAAUGGUUAUGGGAUGGGUCAAGCUGUUAGAGGUGCAGAUUUCUCCAAUGAGAAAAGCCUUGAAGGUGGAGUGUUUCCUUCUCAGCAUCAGGCUGCAACACAAAUGCAGGAUGUUGGUCCUCAACAAGCGAUCACUCACGGUGAAGUUCUGGGUGCCCCACAAUAUGGAGACCUUGUCUCUGGGAAAAAUGAGAAAUACCAAAAGCUGCUCGCCCCACAAGAUAAAAGCUACAAACUGAAACAGCUAUUCCCUGAAGCCACUCCAGAAGCAGCUCCUGAUGCACCUGUGGUUCUGCAGAACAAUCCUGCACCAGAACCAGCAGCAGUCCUUUCUCAAGGCAAGUAG